GGCCCGGGACUCCCGGGACCAGAAUCUCCGCGAGAGCGCCUUCAGAGCGCCCAGGAGGUGGUCCCUACUGAGGAAGCAGCCAUGCGGUCCAAAGUGAAGAAGUAUGCCACUCGUUCCAGCAGGCAAGAGGAGGAACAACAAGCGGUCGAGCAAGAGCGGCUGCUUCGAGAAAAGCAGGAGGAAGAACGCAGAGCCCGGGAGCGGCAGAUGCCGCAAACUAUGGCCGCUCCAAGAACGCCCGAACCUGCAAGAGGUCCAAGGGCCGCGCCUUACAGCGCCGAGGCCUCUCGCCACGCAAGAGCCUUUAGCCACUUCGUGGAGAAGACAGCUCCGCAGGCAUCUCCAGAGGCGGACAACAACAUCAACCUCGUGCCCUUGAAGCCGAAAGCGAAGCCGAAAUCCAACCCAACGGCCGACAAGUUGGACGCGCAGAUGGCGGCUUUGGAGCAGCUAAUGGCAGCAGAACAGACUGUGUUUGCGCCACCUCCGGCCGGCUAUGAUCGCAUGCCGUUUGCAGCAGAGCACCUCGAAGCAACGAGAAAGAGUGGAGUGGACGCAGUGAAACCGUCCGAAGGGUUUGUCUCUCGCACCAAUCAGCCUCCACGCCAGAAGAAGCUCAUUCCACAAAACGAAAUGCCACGGCAGAUGCCGUCUGCACCUUUCGCGAGCCCAACCUCUGGUCCCGCGGUGCUAAGCCCGUCAGUCGCCUCUUUGCAUCUGCAUCUACAGCAGCAUUCGCAGGCGCAGGCAUCAAGCCAGCUCAAGGGCUUCAGCAAGGAAGCAAGCGA